GUUGAUUAUAGUUGUUUGUUUUUAUCUUAAAUGAAGCAGAAGACUUCAAACUUUCAAUAGAUCCAAAAAAAACAAUAAUUUUAUGGAAAGCCACUUUUUUGCCUUCCGAGGCUCGUAGCUGAUAAUAGCACACUGCGUCUUACGGCUGGUAGUGACCGGGGGAGACAGAUGUAUGGUCCAAUCCUCACAUGGCCGAAACAACAACAGCAGCAACAACAACAUCAGAAGAGGCUGGGGAGACACGGGUGAGUAACGCCGCCGGGGAGGACAGCCAAGAUCAAGGUCAGGAUCAAGGUCAGCCCCCAGCUUCGGUAGACAGCGCAGCUCCGGCCAGGGAUGGCCCUGAGGAGCAGGCACGCCUGGUAGAGCGUGAGCACAGGUAUCUGGUACACCGAACCACCUGCAUCAUAUGCCAGGAGCGGACCAUCAGCUGCAUCUUCAUGCCAUGCGGCCACGUGGUCGCCUGCGAGGACUGCGCGGAGAACGCCUCCACCUGCCCUAUUUGUAAUCGGGAGAUAGUGGCCACGGCCAAUGUGUACCUCUCUUAGAACUCGGCAGGACACCACCUCCCCCCACCCCCCAACCACCAACAACCACACCCCCAAAUACGUGGUGAACAAACAAGCAUGGGGAUUCGUGUCUCGUGCUGUGAGUCUAUCACCUGAGUAUCAAGGGACAGAGCUAGGAGUUUGAUACGACUCUUAAGUCCCCCAUCUUAGUGUUUUGACUUUAGCAUGUGGUGGGCGUUGAUAACACUUUGCAAUACGUUAAUUUUUUCA